UCCGCUCCCUAGAGGGCGCGUUUCCAGCGAGUCCCAGAGAGCUCUGUUCUAGCUCAUUCCACCGGCGAGGCACAACUCCACUACCAUUUUGUGAGUUGCUCCCGGGCUGUCUCAAGCAGGAAGUAUGACUGGUGAAGCUGAGGUGUUGGCUGAAGCACCUGAAAAUGAAAGAAAAUAUGGAGAAUCCAAGAGCCGUCUUUCAUCUGGCAAAAGGCUGAGUAUGACCCCGCUGUCAGUGAAAAAGGAAGGAGAGGACGAAUCCCAUCCCAGGGCCUCAGGCUUGUGUGUGGAGGAUGAUAAGGAUGCCUGGCCUCACCUCCUCUUCAGGCUCUGUCCCGAUGACCCAAAAGCCACGGCAGUGCAUGUGUUGGGACCAAAGCUGAGCAGAGUACCAUUAAAUCCAGAGGCAGUUGGUGCUGAUAUAAAACACGAACUAAGGAAGGCGAUUCGACUGUUUGGACGAAAAUAUGAAAGAAUCUUCAAAUUGCUCAAAGGCGUUCAAGGACCCCCACAAAUGAGGAGAAAACUUGUUGAAUUUACCAUCAAGGAAGCCGCAAGAUUUAAAAGAAGAGACUUAAUUCAGCGCCUUGAGAGGGAAUUUGAUAAAAUAGAUUCUGGUCAUUUUCUCAAGAAAGAUCAUUCUACCCCAAACGCCUAAUCCUGUUCUCUCAAUGGUAGAUGAAAAACAAGAACCAGAUUGGUGUUCUCUGUAAUGGAAUAGGAUACUUUUUAAUGCCUCCAAGCAUGUGUUAGUUAAUAGAAUUGCCUUCCACAGGCUAUGAGAAAGCAGUGGAGCUGCUUCCUGUUAUAAAUUGCUGUUAGUAAUAGGUGGUGUU